GGAUGGAGCAGACGCGGGGACUUUGUUCAACCACUGAGCUGGCCGUGCCCCUGUCGGUUUUCUGGGACAGAGCAUCCUAAAGACCUCUGCAAGAAGAGACCAAAGCAAAGUCCAGGAGGCCUCCACCAGAACAGCUUCCAUCAAAAGUUACUGUAAAGUGGUUCAGAUAAGUUGGGGAUGCAGAGGAGCCAGAAUGAAGAGGCGCAAGUGUCCCAACAAAUGUCCUGCACGAAGGAAGAUCCUGAUCCUGUGUGUUACAGGGUGGCUGAUUGCACUGCUGAAACUCCUCCAUGCCGAAAGACACUUUUUCCCCUCUAAGGGCAUUUAUUUGGUUGAGCACUUUUUGAGCACUUCUUCUUACGUUAGGAACAGGUAUUUCUAUCUUCGAAAUGACUUCCAGUAUGAGAUUAAUUGUUCAUCAAUAUACAAGCAAGAUCCACUUGAAAUUGGCAAGAGUUUAGAGAUAAGAAGAAAAGAGAUAAUUGAUUUAGCUGAUGAAGAUGUUGUAGCAAUAACAAAUGAUUGCCAUGUGUAUCGUUCACUUAGGAAAUACCACCUAAAACCUGUUUCUCCAGAGGAAGAGGAUUUUCCAAUCGCCUAUUCUUUGGUUGUUCACAAAGAUGCAGUAAUGGUAGAAAGGCUCAUACAUUCACUGUACAGUCAUCAAAAUAUUUACUGCAUUCAUUAUGACCAAAAAGCAGCAAAAAGUUUCAAAUCUGCUAUGAACAAUCUUGCUAGAUGUUUCCCCAAUAUUUUCAUUGCAUCAAAGCUGGAGACAGUAGACUAUGCACAUAUUUCAAGGCUGCAAGCAGAUUUCAAUUGUUUGUCUGAUUUGAUGGAGUCUUCAGUUCCCUGGAAGUAUGUUAUUAACUUGUGUGGCCAAGAUUUCCCUUUGAGAUCAAAUUUCCAGUUGGUUGCUGAACUGAAGAAACUCAGUGGAGGAAACAUGCUGGAAACUGUAAAGCCAAGCAGUAGCAAAAGAGAACGAUUUACUUAUCACUAUGAACUUAUGAAAGUGCCUUAUGAAUACAUGCAAAUGCCUGUAAAAACCAACAUUUCCAAGAAUCCACCACCUCAUAAUAUUGAGGUAUUUGUAGGCAGCGCCUAUUUUGUUUUGAGUCGAGCAUUUAUUCAAUAUACCCUGGAAAGCUCUCUUGCAAAAGAUUUUUUUGAAUGGUCAAAGGAUACCUACUCUCCAGAUGAACAUUUCUGGGCCACUCUUGUACGUGUUCCUGGUGUCCCUGGGGAAGUUCCAAGGUCGGCCCAAGACAUAACAGACCUACAAAGCAAAACUCGUCUGGUGAAAUGGAAUUAUCUUGAAGAUGAUUUGUAUCCUCCAUGCACUGGUACCCACCUUCGCAGUGUCUGCAUUUAUGGGGCUGCAGAAUUAAGAUGGCUUCUGAAUUAUGGGCAUUGGUUCGCCAAUAAGUUUGACUCUAAAGUAGACCCUGUCUUGGUAAAAUGUUUGGCAGAAAAACUGGCAGAACAACAGAAAGAGUGGGUAUAUUUGUCCUCUGAUAAGUAUUUUCUGAACAAAAAUUCUAUGAAUGCCUCGCUCUAGCUAUCUUGUCUUCCUUGUUGUCAGUACAAUGUUCUGUUAUAGCACAGCGCGUACAGUUCCUCUGCCUUGACCUGCUACAGGAUGCGAGCAAGUGAAACAUCCGUUCUGCAUAAAGUUCAGGGCCCUGGAGAACGAGUGCCCGGCCAUUUAUUUAUGAAAAGUCAUGCCUCUCUGAUUAACUGUUACAUAACUUACCACAUAAUCCUGUAAUUGUUCUUCAAGGUGAUUCUGAGGGGAUGAGAUUUGCUUUUGGAGGCUCUGGUGAUGCCUGUCCCAACGGAGUAUUUCAGAAACAUGUUUUGCAUCAAGUGUCUUUGCCUCUUUCCUAAGAAACUCUUAACACAUCUGUCUGCCUGUCCCCUUUUCCUGCACCUUUGUUUUUCUUAAAGGUAUGAAACAAAGACCUCUGUAUCUGCUACCUCAGGAAAACUGGAAGUGCCCACCUCACAGACAAAACCAAGAGAUCAACAUGACACCAAAUGAGCAGCGUGGCCUCACUUGAAGUCCCAAGCUCCCUGUCUGUGGGAGCCAACGAAGAUCUUUGCAAUGUGAAGAUAACUGGAUCAUACAAGGGAAGGAAGAUCCUUAGAUACUGCAUUGCAUGUAGCAUCGUUCUCUACUCCCAGCUCUUCUGUGUGUUGCUUUUCUUUCUGUGAAAUGUGUGCUUAGGCGUUGUGCCAUGCGUAUUAAGUCAGUUGUGGUUGAUUGAAACAGAAUUGUGUACUGUUAUUCUUCAAAGGCAGUACAUAAGCAUGUCCCGAGGGCAGUCUCUGCAGCCCCUUAGAGUAGAUACCCAUGCCAAAAGAGGUCCAUCUUAAUUUAUCUCUCUGCCAGUAGAAAUAUCCUCCUGUAAAAUCCUAGUCCUCUUGAGAGAGUAUUUCUACACACAGUGGAUAACAAGUGCUAUUUCUAUUUAGCGUUCAGCAAUGUGGUGCUACAUUGAAUUGUGAAACGUGCGAAGUCAAACGGUAAUCCUCAGCAUAGCCAUAUUGCAGAAACGAAGACCCUGUGUAGAAGUGUCUUUCUGUGCAGGCCUCACACUGCCAUGAUCUCAGGCUGACAGGCGCCUGAGCGAGCCCUGGUUCAGCUGUGAAGCAGCUGUACCCCAACAGCCUCUGCUGCUCCUGCUGGCCAAGUGGUCCAGGAGCCUCUUUGCAGCUGGGCUACCCAUGCUACAGCAUCAGGGGAGUGUUCGUUAUUGUGAAGGUCUCUGCAGAAACUCUCUCAAGGGGAAUGUGCCCACUGGCAUUUUGGAGGUUUCUCUGGAGCGUUGCUCUGGCACAGGUUUGGUUGCGGUGGUGCUGGUGGACCCAGGGUUCUGGCUUGCUCCAUGCCACUGUCCCAUUUCUACCCAUCUGGCUUUUAUUAAGAGGCCUCUUCCCACGGGUGACUUCAGGGUAUCUGGUCUUAUUGAUCCAAAAAUUGCUGCGAUAAUGACCAUGUCCCAUACCCACAAGAAAUCUUCGAUUCUUAUGUGAGUUGAAAGAGCCAAGUAAUUUUUUUGUCUCAGUUUUUCUUUAUAACUGUAGUCAUGGUCAAGUCACCUGUGGUUUAAGAUUGGGUUUGAGAAUGAGUUGUGGGCCUUUUCUCUCAUUCAUGACACUGAUUUCUUAUGAGACCUCCGAUAAGUUAUCUGUUCUGUUUCAGCUCUUCCAGCUGUAAAAUGGGAACAACAAUGUUCUAGUAUUUUGCUAAGCACUUAGAAACCUAUGGGUGACAUCUGUUAUGGGUUGGUUGUGCAGUACUAAUUGCUUAUCAAACUAUUUAUGAAUGCUGUGAACACACAGGUCAAGUAUUUCUUUGAUGUACUGUUUCUGAAAUAAAUGGGGAUUAUUUUUAAA